GCUCAACUCUCCACCUUAGUACCUUUCUUAUUAUUCAAAACCAAGCCAUAGACACAUAAACACAAACAAUGACACCCCAAUACCGCUUCCCAUUCUUCUUUUUUGUGAUCUUCUUCUUCCAUUCGCGCAUUGUUUCUGCUCAAUCUCCAGCAGUUGCUCCGGCACCAUCAGGCACCAAUGUGACCGCGGUUCUUGAAAAGGCCGGUCAGUUCACUACUUUAAUCAAGCUUCUCAAAAGUACAAAGACAGCCGACCAAAUCAACACGCAGCUCAGCACAUCAAACCAAGGCAUCACCAUCUUUGCACCAACUGACAAUGCCUUUGCAUCCCUCAAAGCAGGCACACUAAACUCCAUUACGGAACAACAAAAGCUCCAGCUACUCCAGUUCCAUAUCCUCCCCACUUACUAUAGUACCUCACAGUUCCAAACCGCCACCAACCCUUUGCAUACACAGGCCGGGAAUAGCGAUGAUGGGCAGUUCCCGCUCAAUGUGACCACAUCAGGCACCCAAGUGAACAUAACAACUGGGGUUGACACUGCCUCAGUGUCUAAUACCAUAUUCACAGACAACCAGCUAGCUGUGUAUCAGGUGGACCAGGUCCUCCUUCCUCAAGCAAUUUUUGGCUCACCAGCGCCCGCUCCAGCGCCAGCUGCUCCCAAAAAGAGUGUUAAAGGUUCUGAUUCUCCUUCAGCAGGGUCAUCAUCCGAUGACAGUCCUGUUGAUGCAUCUGCUGCAAUGGGGCUGAAGCACCAGACCAUCAAAGCUGCGUCCCUUGGAGUGGCAAUGUUUACAGCAUUCUUGUUGUGAUGAGUGAACAACUGUAGUCAUUUGAAUGUCUGUUUUGUUUUCCAUUAUUUCAGUUGCCUAUUGUGCUAAGAAUUUUGUACCGCAGUUAUUAUUUGAACUUUAUUGUUCUUUUGAAUAACACUUCUAGAACUGAAAUUCUUCAGCUUC